AUGCCACCCCUCGCCAAGGGCAAAUCCAGACCCCUUCGCGACCCCGCACUCGAGCGCACAGCUGCCGCCAUUGCCGCAGAGCGCACACCCCUCCUGCACAACGGGGUGGACUCGGAGUCUUCUUCCACCUACUCGGCAGAGUACACCGUCGACACUCCCGCAACAGGACACUCACAUCGACGUACACGGCGCUUUGCAGUGCUUGCUGUGGCCGGAUCCCUCAUUCUGGGGUUGGCCAUAUUCAUAACACUCAUCCUCGUGGCCUCGUUGAUUCCCGAUAAGACAGACCAGGCCCACCUCCAGUCGGCGUUCAAGUACAUCGACCCGCAGGUCGACAUUCUCAACGUUAAAGACGACGGCGUGCAUGUCAACGUCACGUUCCAUGGAGCAGUCGAUGUCAACGUUGCCCUGAGACUGGACGACAGCAAGGAUGCUUCAUGGUGGCAAACCCUGCGUCGGGGAACGGCGCACGCAGUCCUCGGUGUGCUACCAACACAGGCCGUCCACGUCAACGUCCCCGAGGUGCUCCUCUAUGCGGCCACAGGAGCCAGCGUUGGUCUUGACAACCUGCCCCUUUUGAACGUGUCUCUCCCCGGCCAGGUCGUCGUCCCACUCACCCACGGCGAGCUUUUACCGCUCUCGAUCGAGGCGGUGGGUACACCCGUGGCACCGGUCGGUAAGCUGUGGACAUGGGGACAACACGUGUGGGCAAACGGGACACUCGAUGUUGUGAUCAGCGUGCGCGAGGCCCAGGCAUCUGUCCCCGGCGCAUGGUGGAGCCAAUGGGCGACAGUCACUCAACGCGACCUGUCGGUCCCUCUGCAAAUGCCAGUGCCUGCCGUACCCAAUUUCCCCCCACCCGGCCGGCCUCUCAACCUCACGCGACUGGUGACACUUCACGAGUACGCCUUGUCCAACAACGCGGGCGGUAUCAAGAUUGCAGCCACCGCUUCUGUCCCCAACCCAUCUCUCCGUUCCGUCCCGUUUGCCCUUCCGUUUGCAAUCCUCGUCGAGGGGACGACCAUGGCCCAGGUAGUCGCCCGUGCGUCGCGAGUGACUACCAGCACUAUUGAAAUCCAGCUCAGCGGAGACGUGUCCACGCUGGCCAACAGCGAGCCCCUCAACAACUUGCUCCAACACUACCUCCGGGGCGAAGGUAGUCCCAUCACCGUACGCGGCCAUGGUGCGAUGCCACAUGGUUACGAACACUCCGACAUCCCGCCCCCAUGGGUCCUGAAGACGCUCCCCUCUCUCUCCGUUGACCUCGAGUUCCCUGGUCCUAACCCCAAACCCGAGAUUGUGAAACAAGUCACCAUCGAGGGAAUGAAGAUUGGUGAAGCCAACGGCCAGAUGAUCGCCAGCGGGACCGUGGUCGCCGACGUGGAGUUGCCACGCGGGUUGGAGCAGAUUCAUAUCAACGUCACCGCCAUCAAACCAGACGUCAUGGUAUCGGAUGGUGUUGAAGAUGACCAAGGGGGCGACGAGUACGACCCCGAGAACCCCCCGCCAAAGGCAUUUGGCCGCAUCUCACCCGACGUCUUUCUCAACUCUACGACUGAGCCCGGUACGGACCCCAACCGACCAGACAUUCUCAUCGUUAGAGCACCUUUUACGGACUUGGCACUCGAUGUGCUCCCCGGGCGCGACGGCAUCUUGCGCGGCUUUGUUAGCAAAGUCGUGUUCAAGGGCGGUGCCAUGGCGGGCAUAGGUGGGGUGGCUGACAUUGAGGCCGAUCUGUUCAGUGGUGGUUUGCUCCAAGUCGGCGGCCUGCCUGUGCAUGGCGAGUUCUGGGUUAAGCGCUGA